AUUAGUAUAAAAGGCAGUUCAGGAAUUGGUGCUGCUACGCCUGUCCACCUGGCUCAGCUUGGCGCGUCGCUGUCGCUAAGCGGGCGCAAUAAGCAGAAUUUGAACAAGGUGGCCGAGCAGUGCGGCCAGUCGAAGCCGUUUAUCGUGACGGGGGAGCUGACCAACGAGAGCGACGUGAAGAAUAUCAUCAACGCGACGAUCAAGCACUACGGCAAAUUGGACGUUCUAGUUAACAAUGCUGGAAUUCUGGAAUCCGGUAGUAUAGAGACCACAAGCCUGGAACAGUACGACAACGUUUUCAACAUCAACGUUCGCUCGGUGUACCAAUUGACAGCACUGGCGGUGCCACACUUAGUCAAUACGAAAGGCAACAUUGUUAACGUCACUAGCGUAACCGGAUUACGAUCUUUCCCGGGUUGCCUGGCAUACUGCAUGAGCAAGGCGGCCGUGGAUCAGUUUACGCGUUGCGUCGCCCUGGAAUUGGCACCAAAACAGGUGCGCGUGAAUGCUGUGAAUCCCGGUGUUGUAGUAACAAAUCUCCACGAGAGCAGCGGAAUGAGCAAAGAGCAGCUCGCGAGCUUCUUCGAGCACAGUAAAGAGACGCAUGCCCUCGGAAGAACGGGCGACGUCACGGAAGUCGCAAAGACCAUUGCGUUUCUGGCGAGUGACGACGCUAGUUUCAUAACAGGAGCGACGUUACCUGUGGACGGAGGUAGACAUGCCAUGUGCCCUCGCUAAAGGUCUUGUAUUACCCUCACAGAUGAUACAUGGUAUAUUUUUUUAUAUAGUCUACAACAUAUACAGUACAUUAAGCUACAUGUAAUAUUUGCGUUCUGCCAGGCAAUUCCAAGAAAAUGCAUUGGAAAGUAUUUUGAAUUUAGAUAUAUCGUAAUUGUUACAUAUAUUUGCUAUGGGGAGGGGGUAAAGAUGGCGAGGUGGAAAGAAGUUCAGUGAGAAGGUGUCGUGAAUAGAGUGUCGAAAGGAAGGAUUGGAACGGAGUAUGAGGAAGAAGGAAGGAGCGUU